AUGCUUGUUCUUAUCGCUGGAAUCACGGGGUUUGUCGGCGUACCUUGUGCGAAAGCUGCUAUAACACGAGGCUAUCAAGUUCGCGGGCUUGCACGAGAUGCCAGCAAGCUUCCCGGAGAAAUACUUGACAAGCUUGAGGGCUUUGAAACGAUGUUUGACUACUACGAUAUCUCUGCAUUCGAUCGCGCGGUUGCAGGCGUUGAUGUUAUCGUCAACACCAUGACUUCUGUUCCGGAGUCUGUCAUGGAGGGUCAACUGCUGCUUAUUCGUGCAGCAGAGCGUGCUGGCGUAAAGAUCUACCAUUCUACCUCUUUCAACUAUGACUGGACACGUGGAGUUGGCACACACGAACUGUAUGACGACUGGAGAAAUUUUGCGCAUCAUGUCGAGAUAAGCUCGACUAUCAAGCCUCUUUACAUGUUCACGGGUGCAAUUGCCGAAUGGUAUUUCCGAAAGAGCCCUUUUGACUGGGACCCUGAAUCGAAAACAUUUUCUUUCUACGGCUCUUCCUCAUCCCUGACGCGUUAUACUACAACAAGAGAUAUAGCUGAGUAUGUUAUGGAGGCUAUCUCUGCGCCAGAUGCUGCUGAUGGAGGCUACAUUCGCGUACAGAGCUUUGAGGCCUCGCCUAACGACGUUGCUAAGGCAUAUUCUGCUGCGAGAGGUGGCUAUUCUACAGCUAAGCUAAACAGCCUGGGGAGCCUAGAGGAUGCAAAAGCCUGCAUAGAUGAUGGCAGAACUAGGUAUUCGAAGAGAGAGUUCUACAAAUAUCUCUGGUACGUCUACCAGUAUCAUAUUCCGAAACGCACCUGGGACUAUGAGCCAGUGGAUGUGGCACGUUUUUCAACCGUUAAACAGACGAGUCUCGAAGAUUUCUUUCGUCAGAAUCCAGACAUAUAA